CAGGUAGCCGUCCCUAAAUAGCGUUUAUAAAUAACUGAGGAACUCGGCCAUCUUCAGCAUCAAAGCAAAGCAAAGCAAAGUAUAAGGUGCUUUUUUCGAGAGAUAAGAGCUAGAGAAAUGGAACACCGGCCGAUCAAUGCAUUCACCACUUUUAUCCUGCUUCUUGGGGUAUUCACCACAAAAUUCACAGUAGCAUUGGCUGCUUGGCUGCAAGCCCAUGCAACUUUCUACGGCGGAAGCGAUGCUUCAGGAACCAUGGGGGGUGCGUGUGGUUAUGGAAACCUCUACACAGACGGUUAUGGCAAAGAGACUGCAGCUCUGAGCACGGCUUUGUUCAACGAUGGCAAGUCAUGUGGUGGUUGCUAUCAGAUUGUCUGUGACGCAAGCAAGGUGCCCCAGUGGUGCCUCAAGGGCACCUCCAUUACCAUCACUGCCACCAACCUUUGUCCUCCGAACAGCAACCUACCCAAUGACAAUGGCGGCUGGUGCAAUCCUCCCCUCUCACACUUCGACAUGUCUGAGCCUGCAUUUGAGACAAUUGCCAAAUACAAAGCCGGAAUAGUUCCUAUUUUAUAUCAGAAAGUCGGAUGCAAGAAGAGUGGAGGCAUUAGGUUUGCCAUCAACGGGAGAGAUUACUUCGAACUGGUUCUCAUAUCCAACGUCGGAGGAGUUGGAGAUAUCUCUAAUGUUUGGGUCAAAGGGUCGAAAUCAAGUAAAUGGGAAACCAUGACAAGAAACUGGGGUGUGAAUUGGCAAAGCCAUACCUAUCUCAACGGUCAGAGCUUGUCCUUCAGAGUCCAAACCAGCGAUGGACAAACACGCACAGCUUCGAACGUGGUGCCUUCCAAUUGGAAGUUUGGCCAGUCCUUCUCCAGCAAAGUUCAAUUCUAGAUGGUGAUUCAAUAUAUAUACAUGCAACGUGUAUAUAUACACACACGAUAUGUUUUACUUUUCUCCGUUAUUUUCUCACUAAAUGUGAGAUUGUUUUUCUUUGUUCUUUUUUUAAAUUAUUUUCAUGGUCGUGGCUCAGUGUUUUGCUGUGUAGCCCACCAAGAUUGGUAAACUCUAUAUACAAAUAAUAUUGUAAGCAGGAAAAGGCGACGCGGAUAUGCUCGUUUGACAUAAAUAAAUAUAUUUAAUCCAUAUAUUAUACAAGC